GUCAGACGCCCCUUCACCUGGCAGCGCUUUAUGUCUGCGGAGAUGUGGUCAAAGUGCUGCUGGCGGCCAACGCAGCGGUGGACGCCAAGAACGGUGAUGGCCGGGGGCCUCGGGGUGAAACACCACUGGACGGGGCAAGAAGUCAGGGCCACUCCGAAGUCGUGAAGAUCCUGGAGGCGGCCGCGUCCUCGACUGCGUGGGAGACGCCUUCGACGUCGGCCACGACGCAGCGCUCAGAUCGACCAGCCGAG